UUGGCUCUGCACUUUCUUCUACCUCUCCCCUCUCCCCUCCCCUACAAGCUCUCCUCUCCUCUCCCCUCCCCCAGAUCCCUCUCCGUCUCUCUCUUUGGAUUGGAUAGAAGAGAGAUUGGGUCGUGACACUCCACCUCCAUCGAUCCCUCGAGACCAUGGAUCCCAACUGGCGGCCCACCCAAGGGUCUGGCCCCGCCGCUGCCGCCGCUGACCCGCCCCCCGCCGGAGGCGACUGGCGCGCCCAGCUCCAGCCCGAGGCGCGCGGCAGGAUCGUCGAUAAGAUACUGGAGACUCUGAAGAAUCGUCUGCCAGUAUCUGUGUCUGUGGCGCCAGAGGCACUGAACGAACUUCAAAAAAUCGCUGCGUGGUUCGAACAAAAGGUCUAUACCGAAGCAACCAGUCAGUAUGAUUAUUUACGGAAGAUUUCUCUGAAGUUGCUCUCCAUGGAGACGCAGAGACAGCAGGCUGCUGGAAAUGCUCAGCUGAUUCCAAAUCAAAACAACCCUGCCCCUGGACUCCAUCCACAAGGCAGUAAUGAAGCACAAACAUCAGCAGUUCCCUUGAUGUCUCAGCAACAGGCCCGGCAGCCAAAUGCUUCUACAUCUGUACAAGCUUAUUCACUCACUAAUAUCAGACAGAACUUGCCAGGUGUUAAUCAAACAUCAACGAUGCAGACUGCGUCUGUCAUUCCACAAAACACAAUGAAUAAUGGCUUGGCGCAAGGCACUUCACAAGAUGUUUAUGAUGCACAAAGGCAAAUGGCAGGCAGGCAGCAACAGCAACAAUCUCAGCAAUUAAUUUAUCACCAGCAUCAACAGCCUUCUCUGCAGAGUCAGCAGCCCAAUAUUCCUUUACAACAGCAGCAACAACAGUUGAUGGGACAACAGCCAAAUUUACAACAAAAUCAGCUAAUGGGUCAACAGAAUGGUGCUGUGAUGAUGCAGCAGCAACAGAGGCUAGCAGUUCAGUCAAAUAAUCUUUUGAAUGUGCAGCAAACACAUCAGAUGUUGAGCCAGCAGUAUUUGCCUUUGUAUCAGCCACAACAAUUGGGCUCUCAGGCAAACAUGUCGAGUCUACAGCAGCAUCAACAAAAUCAACAGCAGCAGCAACUUUUUGGAACUGUGCCUAAUGUGUCAAACAUGCAGUGGAUGCAUAUGCAACAAACAAAAGCUCAGCAACCACAGCAACAACAUGCUCAGCAGCCAUCAAUGGGUUUGAUGCAACCUCAGUUUCAACACAAUCAACUUCAACAAUUGCAACAUCUUAUGCCACAGUUCCAGUCUCAGCCUAACCAACUACAAGAGCAAUUAAGGAUGCAGCAGCAAUCCUCCAUGCAGCAAAGACUUCAAACUUCAGGAGCCAUGCUCUUGCAACAAAAUAACAUGGAUCAGCAAAACCAGUUUAUUCAGGCACAGAGGGGCCUUCAAGAAGUUUCCUCUAGUACAUCUGCGGACUCUACUGCUCAAACAGGCUAUGCAAGUACAGGUGAUUGGCAAGAGGAGAUACAUCAAAUGAUUAAGAGGUUAAAGGACCAAUACUUUGCAGAACUCAGUGAAUUAUUCAAUAAGAUGUGUGUGAAACUACAGCAUGUUGACAGCAUUAUUCCACCUCAAAUAUCAUCUGAGCAGUAUGAUAGAAUGAAGAGCUUUAAAACAAUGUUGGAGCGCAUAUUACAAAUGCUGCAAAUUGGUAAAAGUAGUGUCCAACCUGCUGUGAGGGACAAAGUUCCUCGAUAUGAGAAACAUAUUAUCAGUAUCUUGAACUCACAAAGGAAGCCAGUGCAGCCACAAAUACAACAACAAUUCCAGCCACCUCCAGGCCAUGCAGGUGCAGGUGAUUGGCAAGAGGAGAUCUAUCAAAUGAUUAAGAGGUUAAAGGACCAAUACUUUGCAGAACUCAGUGAAUUAUUCAAUAAGAUGUGUGUGAAACUACAGCAUGUUGACAGCAUUAUUCCACCUCAAAUAUCAUCUGAGCAGUAUGAUAAAAUGAAGAGCUUUAAAAUAAUGUUGGAGCGCAUAUUACAAAUGCUGCAAAUUGGCAAAAGUAGUGUCCAACCUUCUAUGAGGGACAACGUUCCUCGAUAUGAGAAACAGAUUAUCAGUAUCUUGAAUUCACAAAGGAAGCCAGUGCAGCCACAAAUACAACAACAGUUCCAACCACCUGCAGAUUAAGAGCCUGAAGGAUCAAUACUUUGCAGAACUCAGUGAACUGUUCAAUAAAUUAUCUGUGAAGCUACAGCAUGUUGACAACAUAAUACCACCUCAAAAUCCUUCUGAAAAGUAUGACAGAAUGAAGAGCUUUAAAAUAAUGUUGGACUGUAUAUUACAAAUGCUGCUAAUUAGAAAGAGUACUAUCCAACCUGCUAUGUGGGACAAAGUUCCUCAAUACGAGAAACAAAUUAUCAGCAUCUUGAGUUCACAAAGGAAGUAGUGCAGAAAAAAAA